AUGGCCAGUCGCCGGCUCAUUUCUUUCGCCGUGUUCUUCGCCGACACUUGUUCUUCGGCUAUGCAGAUGGUUCGGAUGUUCAACAUGUUUCGCCAGGACAACAGCGACCAAGAGUUCAAAUUCCUUCACGUGUUCUCCAGGAUCGAGUCGUGCGAGAAGUGGAGGGAGUGCCUAAUCGCUAUGGCCAAGGCCAAGGAGACCUACAAGCCAGAUACGCCUGCCCCGACGGCGGCAGAAGGGCACCUUGAUGGCAACAAAAGAGCCAAGGCGGCGAGGGACACGUCACCGGCUGCCGAACGGCUGCAAUCAUCGAUCGAGCAGUGCAUCACCGACGCCAAGAACAACACCGCCAAGAGGGAGGAGAAAUCUGACGCGAGGUGGCCGGCGUUGAUGACGAAGCAGGACGUCAAGCUCGACUUUCUCAGGACCAACGUCGCCGCGAAGAAGAGGAACACCAACCUAGCGUUCUUGACGGCGGCAGACAUGUCGACGAUGGACGAGCAGGUGAAGGCGUGGUACCUGGCGGAGCGCGGCCUCAUCUUGAACCAGAUGCCCGGACCGGCGGCAACCGCCGCCUCUACGCCGACGCCGAGCCCGAGCACUGAAGCCACGCCGAUGAUGAGCCCGAGCACUGAAGCUGCACCGAUGCCGAGCCCGAGCACUGAAGCCGCACCCACGCCGACGCCGACGCCCACCCCGGCAAGUCCCACGGCAAAGGAGCCUGCAGUUUGA